AUAUGAUUCGAUAUGGUCAAAUGUUUUUAUUUUUUGGAGUUGGUGUUUCUUUCUUUUUUUCGAUAAAUAAAUUAAUUGAUAUUCAAACCAUUCCAUUCCUUAAAUUGAACAAACUAUUGAUUACAAGAUUAUAUAAUUACAAUAUAUUUGUAUUGAUCCAUUUUUCCCAAUUUGAAUGGAUCGAAGAAACAUCAUUAUUUUUAUUUUAUGUGAUUAUGUCGUUUGAAAAGAAUUCCACAACAACAACAACAAAAUCAACUUGUAAUAUAACAAUAACCAAUAAUGAAGAUGACAAUCCCAUAGAAUUAUCUCGGUCAUUAUCGAAUUCAAAUGAUUCAUCAUCGAAACAUGAUUCUAGUAAUCUGAAUCGCAAUGAACCUAUUUUCAUAGAAUCUGAUGGACAAAAUGUUAAUAAAAAUUUGGUGGAUGAAGAUAUGGUUGCUAAAUCAUUCGAAAGUAAAUUAUCUAUUCAAAGUAAUGAUAAUAUUGAAGAAAUGACCGUUUCGAAUGAUUGGAAUUUGAAAACAUUUUUGCAUGAAAGUUCCAUUCAUCGAAACGAUAUCGAUGUAUUGAUUAUGAGCGAAGCAGGAAAACCAAUUUACUGUUAUUCACGUAGACAAGAUGUAACAACAUUGAUGGGUGUAUGUGUUGCAUUGAUAAAUUAUGUGAUCAAAACGCAAAAUGAUCAGCUCAAAAUGAUUCGUACGAAAAAUGGCUUGAAUAUUAAUUUUGCUGUUCGAUCACCAUUAGUUAUUGUUGUGGUUUGUCGACAAUCAAUCUGUUUUGAUCAAUAUACAUUAAUCAAUCAAAUUCAUGCACAAAUUGUAUCGACAAUAACAUUGAAAAAAUUAAAAUCCAUUUUUCAACAAGCACCAACUUAUGAUCUUAAACGCAUCAUUCAUAAAAAUGAUUUCAAAACACUAGAUAUUCUAGUGAAAUCGAUAACAACACCGAUUACCGAAUUAUUUCCUACCUAUAAGAAUAAACGAUAUAAACUAACUGGUGGCAGAAUUUUCAAUAAUGUAAUAUCAUUUUAUACUUCAUCAUUAAUUUCGAUGCCUCGUUCUUCACCAUCACCAUCAUCAUCAAAUAUGACAUCAUCUGAUCAUCAUAAUGCCUCAUCGAUGAUAUUUUUUUAUGAUCAUAGACCGAAUGUUUUAAGUCGUGUUUAUGUUCCGAUAGCAAUAAUGAAUCCGAAUCUUCGUGAACAAAUCAAUAUGAUUAUUAAUCAAUCGGUGGCCAUCAAUAGUGAUAUUGUAUUUUCCAUAUUAUUUCAUAUUGAAGAUGAUGAACAAUUAGAUUGUAAUAGUGAUUUCGGUGAUAGUUUACCAAUUGAAUUUGAUUCAAAUGUUCAAUGGAAUCAUUUCAAUCCGAAUGUAUCCAGUGAUGAUGAUGAUAAUGAUGAAGAUGAUUCUACUGCAAAUGAUCUUUUUGAAAGUUUUGAAUCAUCAACCAAAGAAAAUGUUCCAUCAGACCAAAUAGUGAAUAAUAACCAUCAUGUGGAACAAUCGAUGAAUAGAUUGUCUAAGAAUCUAAAAUUGAUUUCAGUAUGUAAUCAUACCAACAAAUUUCGUAUCAGUCCACUGGACAUACAGCUAUUAUAUGCAUUGAUUAAAGCUUCGGAUAGUUUGCUUAGUGCAACUGAAACAUUAUGGAUUCCACUUUGUCUAAGUCGUGUGGAUGCUAAUCGUUUUCUUCAUGCGCAUAUAUCAUAUCUAAGUAAAAAGUAUUGCCUUAUUCUUUUGGAUGUUGAUUAUAAUAAUUUUGAAAAAUGUCGCCAGGUAAAGGAAACAAUAAAUUUCAAAUUGGAUCAGAUUCGUUUAACCGAACCGAUGAUUGGAUUAGGAUCGAAUAUAACGGAAUUGGGACAACCACAUCUACAAUAUUUAUUACAUCAAACACCUCGACACUGUAUUGUAUGGCAAUCAAGUAUACAAACAGAAUUUUCAAUGCUUAAUUAUUAUCUCAUUGAACGUAUGCAACGAUCAUCAUUGAAAACAUUAUGGCUACGCAGUAUGAAAGAACAAUGUGCAUUGUUAGGAUGGCAAACGGCAUCAUUUCAAUUAUAUGCACAAUUCGAUGGCUUUGUCACCAAACAAUCGGCACUUGAAACGGUUGAUACAUUCAUUAAAUGGUUCAAAAAGGAAGAGGAUAAAUUAAUUAUCAAAGAUAAUUGAAUCUAUCUUUUUUCAAAUCUACAUCAACUAUUGUAAUCAUUUUUUCCCUUAUUCUUCUUCCUCUUGAUGGCAUGUCCUUUGAUUAUUAAUAUUUUAUUCAAAUUGA